GUAAGUGAUCUAUCAAAUGAGUUGUUUAAGAAAGCAUAUAUUAAAAAGCAAAACAUAUUAUUUAGAAGUGCAUGAUGAUGAGAUGAUUUUGAGUGAAGUAUAAGAAAAUAUACAUAUAUUUAGCAUAAAAAUAUGUUAAAUGCAAAGUAUGUUAUACCAUACAAAUGGGAGACAAGAGUAAUGUGGAAAGCAUCUGAAAACGAAGAAUUGUGUGCAUUUGGAAUUUAUUAUAACAAUCGGAUAAAAUGGUUUGAUUCUGAUCAUAAUUCAUUAAACUUACUUAAAAUACACUUGUCAGCAAGAGUCUUUUUUGGGAACAUUUCAAUAUUCUAUGAUUCAAAUUAAAUUUUAGGUUAAGGAGCAUCUUCAAAGGUUUGUCUAGUAAAAUGUAAAAAGAGUAUAUCAAAUUAUGCAGCCAAGUGCAUUUCUAAGAAAUACUUGUUAUAAAAGAAAUCAAGUGAUAGAAUUGUAUUGUUUUAUUCUUAAUUUUAAGAAUAGAUUAAAAUAGGAGAUUGAAAUCCUAUAGAAAAUAGAUCAUCCAAGUUUUAUUAAGUUAUAUGAGAUCUAUUAAGGAGAGAAUUCAUAUUAUAUCGUGACUGAUUAUUUGGAAGGUCAUACUCUCUACAACUACAUUAAAACAUAUCCAGAUGAUCAGUUGCCCUCCUUUCAGAUAAGGGAAGCAAUUAAAGUAAACAACAUUUGUAUAUUAAUUAGGUAAUUAUAACAGCUUUGAAUUACUUAGACUCAAAGAAAAUUAUUCAUAGGGAUAUCAAACUCGAAAAUAUACUUUUAUAAAAGCCAAAUGAUAUAACAUCUCUUAAAAUAAUUGAUUUUGGAUUGGCCACAUAUUAAGAACCUCUCUAAAAAUUAUGUGUCUGUGGAACACCUGGAUAUAUAGCACCGGAAAUUCUCUAAAAUUAUAAUAAUGAAGAGUAUUUUACUUAAAAAUGUGAUAUCUUUAGCGCAGGUGUUAUCUUCUAUAAAUUGUAAGUAAUUUUAUAUAUACCUAAGAUUAACAAAGAGGACCUUAUUUAGAGCAGAAAACACUCUCGAAAUAAUGGAAAAGAAUAAAUAAUGCUAAAUAAAUUUUCAAGAAUUCGAAUUCAAAUUAUAAAAGGAAGCUUUUAGUUUAUUGAAAGCUAUGUUAGAUCCAAAUCCAAAAACCAGAUAUUCAGCAUAGUAAUGUUUAAACCAUCCAUAUUUUAAUUGCAAACUGGAAAAUAUCAACAUUCUGUAAGAAAUACUGGAUAAAGCAACAGGGUUCUCAGGGAUAACUUAAAUUUGUAUUUAAUUUAAUUGAAUUUAGUUGAUUAAAAGGAAACACAUUCUAUUGGAUAAGAAUGUCAGGCUGCUUAAAUUAAAAGGUGCAAUCCAACAUCUUAUAAGAUAAGGAUUGAAUAACAAAAAAGAUCUAAAAGUCCUAGAAAAUACGCAGAUUUCUAAUUCUAUUAUCCUUCCUUUUGUUAAAUGAAUUCUUUAGAAAGUCUUAGUAGUAAAGGAUCAUCUUAUAAUAUUUCCCAUAUCGAAAAUAUUGUUAAUGACAAACUUGAUUCUGUAAUAGAAGAUGACGAGAAGCAAUAAAUUUAUCAUAUAUGA